AUGACGCGCGCGCUCGCCCACCCGAGUCAACACGCGCCGUCGACGUCCGUCUCGCGCGCGUUUCGGCGCCCUCGCGCGUCCGCGACGACGGUCUGCGCGACGACGAACGACUUAGAAGACGUCGCUGUUCGAGUGCGUGAGGCUCGCAAGCGGUUCACUCCCGAUGGCGCCGCGGCGCCCGUCACCGCGCUCGACGGCGUCUGGUUGGACGUGAAACGCGGGACACUAUUCAUGUUGCUCGGCCCGAACGGGUGCGGGAAGAGCACGCUGUUGCGAACGUUAGCGGGACUGGGGACGUUGGAUUCGGGCGAAGCGGACGCGCCGGAGCGCAAGGCGUUCGUGUUUCAAAAUCCCGAUCAUCAGGUCAUCAUGCCCACGGUGGGGGCGGACGUGGGGUUUGGAUUGGGUAGAAAUCCAGACAUGAGCGAGCGAGAGAUCCGUGAGCGCGUGGUGAGGGCGUUGAAAACGGUGAACCUGAGCGACGAGGACGCGUACGAGCGACAGACGAGCACGCUGAGCGGCGGACAGAAACAACGCGUCGCGAUCGCGGGCGCACUCGUGGAGGAGCCCGAGCUGUUACUACUAGACGAGUUGACCACUUUCUUGGACGAGGCGGAUCAGCGACAGGUGAUCGAAUCCGUGCGAAGAGCUGUGGACGAAUCGAACGGGCGCACGACGGCGAUUUGGGUCACGCACAGGUUGGAGGAGUUGGAGUUUUGCGACGGUGCGGCGUACAUGGAGAACGGACGGGUGCGAAAAGUCGGCACUGGUCGAGAGAUUCGAGCCUUCAUUCGCCAGAUGCAAGACGCUUACGUCCCGGCUUUGUAA